AUGUGGAUGAUCGAUUGGUUCUGGGACAUGCUGGCCAGCCUUGGUUUGGCAAACAAACACGCCAAACUGCUGUUCCUCGGUCUCGACAACGCCGGAAAGACUACCCUCCUUCACAUGCUCAAGAACGACCGCGUAGCCAUCCUCCAGCCUACCCUCCACCCCACAUCCGAAGAAUUGUCCGUUGGCAGCUGCCGUUUCACCACCUUCGAUCUCGGCGGUCACCAGCAGGCGCGUCGUUUGUGGAAGGACUACUUCCCCGAAGUCAGCGGAGUCGUCUUCCUCGUCGACGCCAAAGACCCCGAGCGAUUCGCCGAAUCAAAAGCCGAGCUCGAUGCUCUCCUCAGUAUGGAGGAUCUCUCCAAGACUCCCUUCCUCAUUCUUGGCAACAAAAUCGACCACCCGAACGCCGUCUCCGAAGAUCAGUUGCGACACGAGCUAGGCCUGUAUCAGACGACCGGAAAGGGCAAGGUGCCGCUUGACGGAAUCCGACCAAUUGAGAUCUUCAUGUGCUCCGUGGUUAUGAGGCAGGGGUACGGAGAGGGAAUCCGCUGGUUGUCGCAGUACGUCUAG